CUGUUUGGGGACCAAAAAGAGCUGUGCUGAAAAUGGGCCCAAUAAGUACAGAAGCAGAUGAAAACCAAACAGUGGAAGAAAUGAAGACAGAACAGUACGGGCCAGGGCACAUCAGUCCUAGAGAUGAGCUGGCUCCUGAUCCUGAACCGGAGCUCAUAGAUAGCACCAAGCUCAUUGAGGUACAGGUGGUGCUCAUACUGGCCUAUUGCUCUAUCAUCUUGCUUGGAGUCAUUGGCAACUCUUUAGUGAUCCACGUGGUGAUUAAAUUCAAGAGCAUGCGCACAGUCACCAAUUUUUUCAUUGCUAAUCUGGCAGUGGCAGAUCUGCUGGUGAACACGCUAUGCCUGCCAUUCACUCUUACCUAUACCUUAAUGGGGGAGUGGAAAAUGGGUCCCGUUCUAUGCCACCUGGUGCCCUAUGCCCAGGGACUGGCAGUGCAGGUGUCCACCAUCACCUUGACCGUCAUUGCCCUGGAUCGGCACCGAUGCAUCGUCUACCAUCUGGAGAGCAAGAUCUCCAAGCGAAUCAGCUUCCUGAUUAUUGGCUUGGCCUGGGGCAUCAGCGCCCUGCUAGCAAGUCCCCUGGCCAUCUUCCGAGAGUACUCACUGAUUGAGAUCAUCCCAGACUUUGAGAUUGUGGCCUGUACUGAGAAGUGGCCUGGGGAGGAAAAGAGCAUCUACAGCACGAUUUACAGUCUCUCCUCCUUACUCAUCCUCUAUGUCUUGCCGCUGGCAAUCAUAUCAUUCUCCUACACUCGCAUCUGGAGCAAACUGAAGAAUCACGUCAGCCCUGGAACUGCUAAUGACCACUACCAUCAGCGGCGGCAGAAAACCACCAAGAUGCUGGUGUGUGUGGUGGUGGUGUUUGCGGUCAGCUGGCUGCCCCUGCAUGCCUUCCAACUGGCCGUGGACAUUGAUAACCAAGUCCUGGACUUGAAGGAGUACAAACUCAUCUUCACUGUGUUCCACAUCAUUGCCAUGUGUUCCACCUUCGCCAACCCCCUUCUCUACGGCUGGAUGAACAGCAACUACAGAAAGGCCUUCCUCUCUGCCUUCCGCUGUGAGCAGAGGAUGGACGCCAUUCAUUCAGAAGUGUCUGUGACAUUCAAGGCCAAAAAGAACCUGGAAGUCAAAAAGAACAAUGGCCGUCUGGACUCUUUCACAGAGGCUACCAAUGUCUAAGGGAACUGUGACAAGAACAUAAGGGU